AUGUGUCACAUUACUUUAACCUUUGCAUCAUUGUUUUUGUUCACUUGCUUAGAUGCAAAUUCGGUUGAAGCAAUAAACGAUCUGCAGGAAAUUAUUACAAAGGAUGAUGAUGUUCACAAAUAUUUGCAUUUUUUGUGGUGUCCACCGAAACUUCUCGGGACAAUGUGUCCAGAGAAUUCAUUAACUUAUUACUAUUAUUGCUGCGGUGAUAACAGAAAUAGAUGCUGCUAUGCAACAAGAACAUGGGUCAUUUCAGUUUGCCUAGCGGUGCCGGUGCUCAUUUUUACACUUAUCCUAAUCUACUUCAUUAGAAAAAUCGUUUGCCCUAAAUCGAAUCAGUAUGUUGCUGGAGAAAGACAAUUAUAA